AUGAAACGUUCCUCACCAACUACACAGCAAACAACAAGCCUCUCUCUCUUACUCCUUGUUUUCUUUCUCCAGAAGCCUCAUACGCAAAACAAUCAUAGCACCUAGUCCUUAUUUUUCAUGUUUUGUUUAGAUCACUACAAGUUUUUACUACUAAGUAUUAUACUUGUUAUUCACUUCUGUUUUUCUGGGUUUUGAAAGUUUUCCUUGUUUAUGUUGUCUCCAUUGAUGAGUGGUCAACUGCUGUCUGCAUACAUACAACUCUGUCACUAGAGGAAGAAAGGAAAAAAAGAAAAGAUCUUUGGCCUUGACUUCAUCUGUUUGUAUCUGUAUCCCUGUGUAUAUACUCGAGGAGUCUUCUUUAGCAAAUGGGCAUUCGUUGAAUCUCUUCGGUCAUGGAUCUGGAGACUGGUGUUUAUCAAAACUUUGCUAAGAAGGAAUCAUGGAGAACGGUAUUGAUUUUGGCAUACCAAAGCCUUGGAGUAGUCUAUGGGGAUUUAAGCACUUCCCCCCUAUAUGUUUACAAAAGCACAUUUGAGGAAGAUAUUCAACACUCGGAGACAAAUGAAGAAAUCUAUGGGGUUUUGUCUUUUGUUUUCUGGACUCUCACUUUGGUGCCUUUGCUCAAAUAUGUGUUUAUAGUACUUAGAGCUGAUGAUAAUGGUGAAGGAGGGACUUUUGCCUUGUACUCCUUGCUGUGUCGACACGCCCGAGUCAACUCACUGCCCAAUUGCCAAUUGGCAGAUGAAGAGCUGAUUGAGUACAAGAAGGAUAGUAUCGGUUUGGCACCACAAUCAAGUUUUGGGUCAAGGUUGAAAUCCUCUUUAGAGAAGCAUAGGGUGUUGCAAAGGUUCUUGCUUGUUCUUGCUUUGAUUGGGACCUGUAUGGUAAUUGGUGAUGGUAUCCUCACACCAGCUAUUUCGGUUUUCUCUGCGGUGUCUGGGCUCGAGCUAUCAAUGUCAAAAGAGCAUCAUAAAUACGUAGAGGUUCCAGUCGCAUGUAUCAUACUGAUAGGCUUGUUUGCCCUUCAACAUUAUGGCACACACAGGGUUGGUUUUCUGUUUGCACCUGUGGUUCUAGUAUGGCUUCUUUGCAUCAGUGCCAUUGGAUUAUAUAAUAUCAUUCACUGGAAUCCUCAUGUGUAUCAAGCUCUCUCUCCAUAUUACAUGUACAAAUUUUUUAGGAAAACCCAGAGAGGAGGUUGGAUGUCUCUGGGUGGUAUUUUAUUGUGUAUAACAGGUUCAGAGGCUAUGUUUGCGGAUCUUGGACAUUUUUCACAAUUGUCAAUAAAGAUUGCUUUCACCUUUUUGGUUUAUCCAUCCUUGAUUCUUGCAUACAUGGGGCAAGCUGCCUAUCUAUCUCAGCAUCAUAUUAUCGAAAGUGAUUACAGAAUUGGAUUUUAUGUAUCUGUACCAGAAAAGUUAAGAUGGCCCGUUCUGGUUAUAGCCAUACUUGCCGCAGUAGUUGGAAGCCAAGCUAUUAUAACUGGAACAUUCUCCAUCAUCAAACAGUGCUCUUCCCUUGGUUGCUUCCCAAGAGUCAAAAUAAUCCACACAUCAUCCAAAAUCCAUGGUCAGAUCUACAUUCCUGAGAUUAACUGGCUCCUGAUGGUGUUAUGCUUGGCAGUUACUGUUGGCUUUAGAGACACGAGGCGCAUGGGUAAUGCAUCAGGUUUGGCUGUUAUAACUGUGAUGCUGGUCACUACCUGCCUGAUGUCUUUGGUAAUUGUUUUAUGCUGGCAAAAGAGUGUAUUCUUGGCAAUAGGCUUUGUUUUCUUUUUUGGCACAAUCGAAGCACUCUACUUCACUGCUUCCCUCACCAAGUUCCUUGAAGGGGCCUGGGUUCCGAUUGCCCUUGCUUUCAUCUUCCUUAUAAUCAUGUGUGUUUGGCACUAUGGCACACUGAAAAAAUAUGAGUUCGAUGUUCAAAACAAGGUAUCCAUCAACUGGCUACUUAGCUUGGGUCCGAGUCUAGGCAUAGUACGGGUUCGUGGGAUUGGACUUGUCCACACUGAGCUCGUAUCCGGAAUCCCUGCAAUCUUCUCCCACUUUGUCACCAACCUUCCAGCCUUCCAUCAGGUCCUAGUUUUUCUUUGCAUCAAAUCUGUCCCAGUUCCUCAUGUUAAACCUGAGGAACGGUUUCUAGUCGGUCAUAUUGGACCUAGGGAGUACAGGCUUUAUAGGUGCAUCGUACGAUACGGGUAUCGCGAUGUUCAUAAAGAUGACAUGGAGUUUGAGAAAGAUCUUGUUUGCAGUAUAGCGGAGUUUAUACGGUCAGAAAGUGUUGCUCCUGGUAGUGUUAAUGAAGAUCUGGUGAAAGAUGAUGAUAAAAUGACAGUCGUCGGAACAUGUUCUAGCCAUACAGAAGGGGUUCAGAUGAGGGAGGAUGAUGCAGACAACAUAGAGGCAGCUGGUCCAUCAGAGUUGAAGGAGAUAUGGUCACCACCUCCUGUAAUAAAACUGAGAAAAAGAGUACGGUUUAUUGUGCCAAAGAGCCCGGAGAUAGAUACUGGUGCAAGGGAAGAGUUGCAGGAACUAAUGGAAGCUAGGGAAGCUGGGAUAGCAUACAUACUAGGGCACUCAUAUGUCAAAGCCAAGCAAGGAUCUAGCCUGAUAAAAAAGCUUGUAAUUAACUAUGGGUAUGAAUUCUUGAGGAGAAACAGCCGACUAUCAACCUAUGCGUUAAGUGUACCCCAUGCAUCUACGUUGGAGGUGGGGAUGAUAUAUCAUGUUUAAUUUUCUUUUAAUGGGAUAAUUUUGGCCAUAGAGAAACAGGGAAAUGUAUCAUAUACAUAUUCACAGUUACGCGCAAAUAAUAUAUGUCUAUAUAAGAUUUUGAGGA